CGCGCGAAGAACUGAAAACAACUUUUAGUCGACGAGCGUGUUUCUCACACACUUUCGCUGAAAAAUACACAUUUCUCAGGAUUAAAGCAGACAGCAGUCAUCAUGGAUGUUGGAGAGCUGCUGAAUUAUCAGCCUGACCGUGGAGCAAAGAGACCCAGAGAUGGGGACAGUCAUGAGGAAUCCAGAAGCAAGCAGAAGGCUGCGGGUCGAGAUGCGGGACGGGUCCUGCUGCGGUCAGAGGAUAACACUGAAGAGCCCACAGCUGGAGACGGAGACAAGGUUCUGGAGAGACUGAUGGAUCAGGAUGGAGAAGAUCCAGAGGCAGAGCUGGUGGAUGAGAGCACAGUGAAGAAGAUGAUCCUGACCUUCGAGAAGAGGUCCUACAAAAACCAGGAGCUCAGGAUCAAGUUCCCAGACAACCCGGAGAAGUUCAUGGAGGCGGAGCUUGAUCUCAAUGACAUCAUCCAGGAGAUGCACGUCAUCGCCACCAUUCCAGAGCUUUAUCAUCUGCUGGUGGAGCUGAAUGCGGUUCAGUCUCUGCUCGGCCUCCUCAGCCACGACAACACUGAUAUCAGCAUCGCGGUGGUGGAUCUGCUGCAGGAGCUGACAGACAUCGACACACUUCAUGAGAGCGAGGAGGGAGCAGAGGUGCUUAUCGACGCACUGUUGGAGGGUCAGGUCGUGGCUCUCAUGGUGCAGAAUAUGGAGCGUUUGGACGAGACUGUGAAGGAGGAAGCUGAUGGAGUUUACAACACUUUAGCUGUGAUCGAGAACAUGGCCGAGUUUCGUCCGGGUCUGUGCACAGAAGCGGCGCAGCAGGGUUUGAUGCAGUGGCUGCUGAAGAGAAUCAAGGCCAAGAUGCCGUUUGACGCCAAUAAGCUGUACUGCAGUGAAAUACUGGCCAUCCUGCUGCAAAACAACGACAAAACGAGGGAGCUGUUGGGGGAAAUGGAUGGUAUUGAUGUCCUACUGCAGCAGCUCUCAGUGUUUAAGCGUCAUAAUCCUUCCACAGCAGAGGAACAGGAAAUGAUGGAGAACCUGUUUGAUGCUCUCUGUUCCUGCCUGAUGCUUCCAGCCAAUCGGGAUCGUUUCCUCAGGGGGGAGGGGCUUCAGCUCAUGAACCUCAUGCUCAGAGAGAAGAAGAUGUCUCGCGUCAGCGCUCUGAAGGUUCUGGAUUACGGGAUGAUCGGUCCAGAGGGAUCUGACAACUGCCACAAAUUUGUGGACAUCCUGGGCCUGCGCACCAUCUUCCCCCUGUUCAUGAAGACGCCCAAGAAGAUGAAGAAAGUGGGAAUAUCAGACAAACAACAUGAAGAACACGUGUGCUCCAUCAUCGCCUCCAUGCUGAGGAACCUGAAAGGGCAGCAGAGAAGUCGACUGCUCAGCAAAUUCACAGAGAACGACUGCGAGAAGGUCGACAGACUCAUGGAGCUGCAUUUUAAGUACCUGGAAGCGGUUCAGCUCGCAGACAAGAGGAUCGAAGGAGAGAAGCACGAUAUGGUGCGUCGCGGUGAGAUCCUGGAUGAUGCGAUGGAUGAUGAGUUUUACCUGCGGCGUCUGGACGCUGGACUCUUCGUUCUUCAGCUGCUCUGUUAUAUAAUGGUGGAGAUCUGUGCCGCUGGAGUUCCUCAGUUACAGCAGAGAGUCCAUCAGAUCCUCAAUCUCAGAGGGGGAUCCGUCAAAGUAGUCCGGCAUAUAAUGAGAGAAUAUGCAGAGAACAUUGGCGACGGCAAGAGCGAGGAGUUUAAGGAAAGCGAGCAGAAGAGGAUUAUGGAACUACUUGAAAACUUCUAAAAACCCAGUUGGAGUUGGGCGUAGGUUUUUUCUGCGUUUCUGCUGAUGACUAGAUGUCUAAAAACCAUCCAGUCUUCAUCCAGAAUGUAGGAAAGCAUUAAAUAUAACGUGGCUGAUUCUGCGAGAUUUCACCCUACACAUUUUAUUUGUUGUUUUUUUAAUGAUAGAUAUUUUGUGUCUGUACAACUUCAGUUUUCUUGUAAUUAAAGUCUGUGCGUUUCUUUA